AUGCCUCAACAACGCCUCGACUUCACCCCAACCUCACGACAGUUUACCCCGGCACAAUCGAAUAGCGACCUAGCCCUCUCCAACUCCGCGUUGCGCGACUCGGACGAGGGCAACGCGUCCAACUGCUUAUCACCAUUGCUCCACCUACUCUCAUCAUCUUCAGCACUGUGCCUCAAGCCAAGGACGUCGUGGGUUUUCUCGCAUAUGCCGGACGAAGACAGGGAGACCAGAUACUAUAACCAGCGAACGGGCAAGGAGGAAUGGCGCUGCCGUCACUGCAACAAGACAUAUUCCUGCUCCGGCGGCACCGCAACUCCGGCUAAGUAUCUGACAGGCCCUCCGCCAGAGGGCCAUGGUCUCUCGAGGGGCGCUCCUCGAACAUCCAAGGUGGUCAACAUACGGGUGAUUCUCGAACAAGCUCAGCUUACGGCCGAGGAGAACCCGCGGAAGCGCCGUCGCCUGAACGAUCAAGCAGGUGACUCGGUUGUCCCUGACCAACUCGAAGCAUUAUAUGUGAGGUUUAUUUCGGCCUGUUCUCUGCCAUUUCGUCUCGUCGAAUGUCCCGAGUUUCGAGCGCUCCUAUUGUACCUCAACGACGACGUUGAUACGUGGCUGCCCGACACGCACGAGACGGUCAAGAAAUGGAUAAUGCGACAGUUUGAUGCGGAGAAGGCAAGAAUAAAGCAGGGAAUACAGGCGGCCAAGUCAAGAAUUCACAUCAGCUGCGAUCUUUGGACGUCACCUAAUUGCCUGGCCAUACUCGGCAUAGUCGCACAUUACGUCACAGAAGACGGACAACUAGAGCAUCACACGUUGGCCCUAAAAGACAUUGACAGCGAACACAACGGCUCUCACCUUGCGGCAGCAGUCUUGGACGUGGUGGAGGACUGGGGCUUCGCGUCAAAGCUUGGGUAUUUCAUGAUGGAUAAUGCUGCGAAUAACGACACGAUGAUGACGUCGCUCUCUCUCGACCUCCUACGCCGAUUUGACAUUUACCACGACCCAAAAGUCCACCGCCUUCGCUGUCAGGGUCACAUUAUCAACCUUGCCACCAGGGCUUUCCUCUUUGUUAACGAUAAAGAGACGCUCGAACUUGACGGUUCCAGGAACAGUGCAUCUUUGAAGGACAUACAAGCUUGGCGGGAACGGGGGCCAUUUGGUAAGCUGCGUAACUUCGUUGUAUUCAUCCAACGGAGCGUGCAGCGGAGCCGCAGGUUUCUCGCUCUGAGCGGCAACCACAAGCUCGCGCGAGACAAUGACACAAGAUGGAGCUCAUGGUACAGUAUGCGGACAGCGCUGAACCUUCGCAAGGCAGUUGAUGGUUAUGUUAAUAAAUGGAAGGAAGCUGAGUGCGCCGGGGACGAGCUGUCCGCAGAUGAUUGGGCUGUCCUAGAAAAGAAAAAGGCCUUUUUGGAGAAGCUAAAAAUGACUACCAAGGCUCUUGAGUCGUCUUUCCUUACUCUUGAUCAUGUUCUAUUGGCCAUGAACUUUAUGCUUGGCCAGUUUGGAGCAGGGAAGGCCGCCAGUCGUGAUGAUCGCAUGAUGAGUCCAAUGUACAACUCUGGGUGGGCGAAACUGGACAAGUACUAUUGUCUCACUGAUGAGUCGCCUGCCUAUCUGGCCGCCAUAGUGUUACACCCUUCGCAUAAGUGGCACUACGUACAGGAAAACUGGAGAAAGGAUUGGUUUGAACCAGCAAAGGCGUUGGAGACCCAUUGA